CAUGGCAGUGCGGCUCUCUUUGUGGGUGAAAUAUCACUUCGACCUACGUACAUAUGACCAUGUGCAUUCGACUUUGGUUUGUUAUUAUCAUGAUUAUCAAAGCUGAAUAUAUAGCGCCGUUUUGCUUACCCAUCCUAAGCUAGAGUGCACAUAUUCAGGUGAUAACAAUAGUGUUUGCUUGCUCUGUCUGCUUGGAAGCUGGGGAACUGCCUUUGCCGUGACUUGUUAGGGGAAUCACUGUGACGUCAUGUCUGUCGAGGUAGUUCAGAAGAAUAUGGGGUAUCUCUUGGAAGGCCCCCAUUGGGAUGACGUCACAAAUACACUUCUCUAUAUCGACAUCUAUGGCAAGCUUGUCCAUAGCUUCAACCCAGUGACUAAGGAGGCCAAAAAGGUUAUGGUCCAUGAUCAAGUUGGAGCGGUUGUCACUACAUCUAGCGGGAGAACCUUAGUGAGCGUUGGUCGCGAGAUUGGCCUCGUCGACUGGGAGACGGGAACAUUCGAAAGACUGCUUGAAAUCGAUAUGAAAGAGGGGACCAGGUUCAACGAUUGCAAAUGUGACCCAGCGGGAAGAUUCUGGGCAGGAACGAUGGCUAUUCAGGAUCCCACGAAAAGUUCUGCAGAGACCGAGAAAGGACAGGGCUCCCUCUUCUGUUUGCAUCAUGACAAGAAACUUAAUGAGUGCGUGCAGAAUGUGGAUAUUUCAAAUGGUUUGGCCUGGUCCAGCGAUCGCAAAACAAUGUAUUACAUCGAUUCGCUGACGUAUGGAGUGGAUGCUUUUGACUACAACAUCAAAACCGGUGAAAUUGCAAACAGACGGCAGGUCAUCAAGGUCUCUCAGUCAGACGGUAUCCCGGAUGGCAUGUGUAUCGAUACCGAGGAUAUGCUGUGGGUAGCCAUGUUUGAUGGAUGGUCCGUUAACAGAUAUAACCCUAAAACAGGUGAAAAACUUCGAUCCAUCAAAUUCCCAACCAAGAACAUCACAAGCUGCUGUUGGGGCGGGGCCAAUCGUGACGAACUCUACGUGACGUGUGCAAAACAUUUUCUGAAUGCAGACGAACUCGAAGUACAGGAUACUGCUGGCUCACUCUUCCGGGUCACUGACCUUGGGGUCACAGGGGUCAAGUGUGACGUAUUUAAAGAUAUUUAAUGGUGCUUUGCAUACCUUAUAGGUUUAACAUGCCCAGAAUAGGUGCUCCGAUAUUUUGCUCCUGGUCUUAUUUCAUUAGAUAUGUAUAUGUUAUGAGUUAGGCUAAGAGUAAGGAUUAGAACGUUUAUUUUUCUUCAAAUAAAGUCUUCAUUCCAUUUUCCUCAAAGCAAUAACCAGUGUAUAAGAAAAUGUACAAAAUGAUGGAUACGUUAAUGUGACAAAGUAAGGUACAAUGAAAGCAAAACAAGAUUCUAGUAUUUAGGCCUUGAUAAGUUGGACUUGCCUCUGUCUAUCAAGACAUAGAAUAAAUCUUUCUUGUUGCGCAUAGACUGUUCAACUUCAUAAUUAUAUUUUAAUUUCUUUUGAAAUCAUGGAACCGAUAAAGAUCCCUUCAAACAUCUAAUUGAGUAUAUAUAUAUAUAUAUAUAUACUUUUUUGCAUACAAACUAAUGAAAUUAAACGAGGAAUAAUUUCCAUCUUGGAUGCCAAAGAUGAGAUUAUUAAAUGUUAACUUCUGAACAAACGUCCAUAAAUCCAAAUGGGAUACACCUUUCAUGACAACAAUUUCCAAUCUGUCGGUAAUCUAAAUGUUGAUGGCGUCACCUUUCAACGUGAACCUGUCAAUAAUAUGAAUAUUCAUGACGUCUAACUCGUUCACAAUCUGAAUAUUCAUGACGUCUAACUUGUCGACAAUCUGAAUGUUUAUUCGUGACUUUCAUUCAUAACCUGUCGACAAUGUUAUUCUCCAUCUGAGUGCAUCAAGAUAUCCCUUUAUAAAGAUGUUUCGUAACCUUAAAAAUAUGUUUGUUACAUCGACAAAGAAAUAUAAAACAUGAUAUUUUUUAUAUUCUUAUCAC